GAUUCCUCCCCAUCUGGGUUCCACCAUUCUCUCCCGCACGCACGGACGCACCCUUCCUCCCUCCCUCCCUCCCUCCCUGCCUUCCCUUCACACUCCUUCUCGCCUAAUGGCGCACGGCGAAACCAAAAUCUCGCAAUCCCAUCCAACCCGAGCACCCUAGCGCCGUCGCUGCUCGAUCCCGCCUUGCGGCGCAGCGCCCCUCGAGUAUCGUAGGCCCUUCCCGAGCCGCCGGGGAUUCCGCUCCAAUCCGAAUCCGAGCCUCACGUCGGCCCCGCCGCGGGUCUCGUCUUUGAACUCGCUGCAGUUUGAAUUUUGUAGGAGAUUUCGCCAGGUGUUUGGAUUCAGAGCCAGUGAUGUACGGGCAGGGAGGAAGCUUCAAUCCGCACUACCGUCAUGGCGCGCCGCCACCACAGCAGCAGCAGCAUCAAGGCGGAGUGACGGGGCCAUUUCCCCAGCAGCCGCUACUGCCACCACCGCAGCCAGCACCAUUUCAGCAGCACCCAGGAAUGCGGCCGCCGCCUGGACCAUACCAGCACGGCAUGCCAUCGCUUCAGAACCAGGCGUAUCCCUAUGCCCAGCACGGCCAGAUGCACCAGAUGCCAAUGGUGCCGCAACAGAGGGGUUUUGCGCUGAUGCCAAUGCCAGGGCUGCCCCCACCGCCGCGGCAACAAGCUAUGUAUCAAGCCCCUCAACAGUAUCCCAUGCCAAGGCCUCUCCCUCCACCACCGCCUCGGCCACCCAGCUUUGCUCUGGAGAAUGUGCUGCCUCAAUCUGGCCUACCACCUCCCCCUCCUCCACCACCACCUUCUUCUCCCCCUCCUUUGCCCCCCGCACCUCCCACUCUUGUAGUUUUGCAGUCAUGGAAUGCAGAGGUAGAAGGAAAAGAAGGCGCACCUGAUGGAGGUCGUGAUGCCAAAACUGAGGAAGCAGCGACUCAGCUAAUUGUGUCGGAUGACUCAGACAUGGAUAUGGAUGGGGAUGAGGACUCGCCAUCAAGACAUCUUAGUCCAGUCAAUUCUUCCCUUGUGACUGCUGAAUGUAUUGGAGAUGUUAAUGUGCCAAAGUCUGUCAGUGAUGUUUCGAGCCUUGACAAUGAUUUGCCACCUGGUCGUGGCAAGAAUGCUGAAACUACAAAUGUAACUGUGGAAGGUGGGAGCCCAUUCCGAUUAAUACAAGGUUAUGCCUCGGAUGACAGUGAAGACGAAAUGGAUGAUUGUGCUGCCCGCAGCCUUGUGCUAUCACCUAAAGAUAAUCAGCAUAGUCAUCCGAAUGAUAAAAAUACGGAAAUUGGUUAUCAGAAACUUACUAAUGCAGAGGGAAAUGUGAAUACCCCUCCUGGCACCAAGCAAAAUGGUGAAGCUAGAAAGUAUCAUCUCAAGGAUGAGAGCAACCCAGUGAAGCACAAUACAGAUGUGCUUGCGCAUUUAGUCAAAGAAGAGUUAAGUGGCAGCGAGUUUGAUGGAGUGCAAAGGAGUAAAAGGCAUGGGAGGAGCCAAAGAAAACGAAGCCGGAGUAAGUCACCUCAGGAUAGGAGUCGUAGCUCAUUGAAGAGAAACUGGCGCAGUCCAUCCCGAAGUUCAUCGCCUGGAAGGCAAAGCAGGUCGCCACUUGCUAAGCGGGUUCAUCCUGCUGGAGAAGGUAAGGUUUCAGAAGGUAGAAUUGCUCAGCAAGAGAGCCUGGUGGGGACAAAGAAAUUGGAUAGUUCAAAUGAUUUAAUUGGCAAAGUGGGAGAUAAUGUUGCACCUGAUGUUGCCCUUGGACAGCAUGGUCCUGGUGACAAUUUAACUUCUAAGUCUUCUCAAUCAGUGGCUGCUUCUGCAAAUGCGUCUAAUCCUCAUAAGAUGCAAAUACCAUGUCCCCCAUCUCAGUCUCAAUCAGAAUUAAAUAUGUCAUCAUCGGCUGGUAAUCACAGUCAUGUGGGCCAAUCUUCUGCAGGUGUCCCAUUUGCAUCAGUUCAUGCUACCGAGAACUCCAUGACUUGUAAUAUGUCCCAGUCUCAUCCGCAGAGCUUGUGUCCUCCAGAAAAGAUGUCAUCUGGUUUCACACCAGCUCAUCCAUCAUCCUCAAAUAUGAUUCAGCUACCAGGACAACCAUUACUUGCAAGUUCAGAAAUCCCUCAAACACAAUACCAGCAUAAUGUUAUUGCAUCAGCAAAUGAGUUCUUGCAGAAUCAGAUGAGAAGCUAUCCUGCACUGGAUCUGUCUCAUCCUAGGCUGUUGGAUUUCCAUCAUCAUACGCUACAGCCAUCAGUUCCUUCUCACCAGCAGCCUGCUGCCAUUCCUGUUGAAAAUGCUCCAGUACCUCCAGACAGAUGGUCGGAGUAUUCUGGUGGUGUAGGUCUAUCUUAUCAUCAGCCUCCAUAUGGUCAGAAGCAGCCUUCUGGGAGUUUGGAUUCAGGAACUCACUUUGUUUACCCCUCUUUACAGAGAUUUCCAUCAAAUCUGCCAGGAAGCGGCGAUCUUGGUCCCAUAUCUGAUGUUGGUUUGCCUAAAUCAUCCAUCAAACCCCACUACAACCCAUUUGCAUCUACCUUUGAACAAACAGAUCCAAGUCUAAAUAUUGAUCCUGCUGUCAGCCCAAAUGCAGUUGGCUCUGCUUCAACAAAAGCAGUAGAACACAUGAAUACACUGUCUCCUUUUGGUCAAUCAUUUCCUGGAUCUGGAACCCAUGUCCAUGAAAGUUCUGCAGAAGCUGUGCCCAAUGCACAAAAGCAAUUUCGUUUGGGGUUUACUUCUGGUGCUCUUUAUGAUCCCCUGCUUGACAGUAUUGAACCAUCAAGUAGUUCUAUCAACAAGGUGGAUCUUGUUAAAGAGAAAAACCGGAGUGCUGAUGAUAGUCGUGAUCUGUCGAAACUGAUGAACAUAGAAGUGGAUAGUGAAAAUAUGCAUGGACUGGGGGUUGUUGCUGAAUCAGAAGUUGAAGGACUUGGAGAGGUGGCAGCAGAUACAGAAGCAGGUGUGGUGGAGAAUGCAAGUCCUGAGUUCUUGGGUGCUAAAGACUGGAGCUCAGAUGUCCCUGGUGAUAUUGACCAUGAUCAAUCAUUGGACAAAAGUAAAAGGAGUAAUGAUUCUAGAUCAAUGAAGCUUUUUAAGGUUGCCAUUGCAGAUUUUGUGAAGGAAGUUCUUAAGCCAUCAUGGAGGCAUGGUAACAUGAGCAAAGUGGCUUUCAAAACUAUUGUCAAGAAAACAGUUGAUAAGGUUUCUAAUUCAGUCCCUAGCAGUCAUAUACCAAAAACGUCUGCCAAGAUUAAACAGUAUCUACAGUCCUCUCAAAGGAAGGUGACCAAAUUAGUAAUGGGCUAUGUUGACAAGUAUGCGAAGCUAUAGCUGGAUCAGUAAAUGGGACUAUGAACUGAACCAAUCAGAACAGUUAAGGUUCCAGAGUUUGUGAUGCAUGCUACCAAAUGAGGCUGCAAGUUGGGUAAUAUCUAUCUGCAUGAAACAGUCCUUCCACAGUAAGGAGUGAACGGGAAGGAUCAUGUUUUUUCCAAUCUUCCCCAACAUGAGAUAAGUGAUGGUAGGAUGAUCUACUGCGGUCGCACACUAGCUCCGCAAACAUGCUGCUGAAAGAACUUUGUUUCUUCGUGGUAAAUGUACAUGCUGAUAGCUGUAUGAUUCAAUUAGUCCUUGACU